AUGAUGGAUAAUGUCUCUGAAAUAAGAAUGUUUUUUCUUUCAGGGUUAAAUGAAACAAAUAACCACAGAUUUACUCUCGUCCUUCUCACUUUACUGUGUUACUGUGUGAUUUUGAUGGUAAAUGUUUCUGUUAUUGUCACCAUCAUCAUGGAUAAAAACCUGCAUGAACCAAUGUAUAUUUUGGUAUGUGCUUUUUGCAUGAAUGGACUUUAUGGGACAACAGGUUUCUACCCUAAGCUUCUCUGGGAUCUGCUUUCUCCUGUUCAUGUCAUCUCUUAUUCUGGAUGCCUUGUUCAGGCUCAAGUAGGUGGCUCAUAUGGCGCCAGUGAGCUGUCUAUUCUUGCAGUCAUGGCAUAUGACAGAUAUGUGGCUAUAUGUCGACCACUGGAGUACCACUCUGUCAUGUCAAAGCAAAGACUCAUUAUGUUAAUAUGUUACUCUUGGAUGACACCUUUUUGUGUCAUGGGCAUAAAUGUUUUUCUAACAUCUAGAUUAAAGUUGUGCAGCCCAAAUAUUGCCAAAUUGCUUUGUUUGAAUUGGAUGAUUGUUAAACUUGCUUGUUUCCCAGCACAAACAAGAGUGAAUGGCAUAGUUGUAUACAUGAAUAUCAUCAUUUAUUUAAUUCAUGCUUUAUUCAUCAUUCUAUCUUACAUGAAUCUCAUUAAAGCAUGUACAAAUUCUAUAGAAAACCGGGCAAAGUUCAUGCAAACAUGUGUGCCACAGUUAAGCUCCUUACUCAUUUUUCUUGUAACAAUGCUUUUUGAAAUAAUGAUGAUGCAUUUUGAUUCAAAAGAUCUCCCUCAAGCCUAUAAAAACUUUGUUGCAAUUGAAACCAUUGUCAUAUCUCCCUUAAUAAAUCCAAUCAUUUACGGUUUCAAAUUGACCAAAAUUCGAAAGAAACUUAUGGUUGUACUUACUUUAAAAUAUAAAUGA